UUAAGUAGUGGGAGCAAUGACUCCCUCAUCGACUUGUACCAUUCUGGUGGAUAUCCAUUAGUACCUGCCGAUUUACCUGAUUUCAGAGGUCUCAUUUGCAAGAGGACAGAUGGAUCUUUAGUAGAGCUAUGAAGCCAUUCCAAGUCCCUAAGUUUAACUUCCAGAUAUUUAACUCAGACUGCAUUGGACUUUUGCCAGCCUGUAAUGCCUGUCAAGGAACCUGUUUUCAAGGAAAUUUGAGUCAGACUGUCACUUGCGUCAAAGCCAAGCAGAGCCCCCUCCCUGUCUGCUGCCCCCCCCUCUCUGUCCCUGGUGAGCAGUGGAGGAUGUCUCAUAAGAAGGUCUUCAUAGUCCUGCUGGCCGUCAGCAGCCUGAGCCUCCUGCUGCAUCAUGGAGGCCACUUCUGGACUAUGAAGGCCUUUAACGUGACCUGCUCCGUGACCCUGCCGCAGCCAUCCAAGCACACCAGCGUGGGCUUCCUCAAGACGCACAAGACAGCCAGCAGCACCAUCCAGAACAUGCUCUUCCGCUUCGCCGAGCGCCACAACCUGACGGUGGCGCUGCCGGUGCAGGCCUGCGACCACCAGUUCUGCUACCCGCGGCCCUUCAGCGGGCGUUUCGUACACCCCCACACCCUGCCCCCCAACAUCAUCACCAGCCACAUGCGCUUCAACCUGUCCCAGCUGCGCCGCCUCAUGCCCCCCGACACCCUGUACGUCACCAUCCUGCGUGAGCCUGCCGCCAUGUUCGAGUCCCUCUUCACCUACUACAGCCAGCACUGCGGCAGCUUCCAGCGCGUCCCCAACGGCUCGCUGGAGGCCUUCCUCUCCAAUCCCUGGCAGUACUACCGCCCCCACGAGGAGGACUCCAUGUACGCCCGCAACACGCUGACCUACGACCUGGGCGGGGAGAAGGACCACGUGCCCUCGGACACGGGCUACAUGCGCGGCUUCAUCGCGGAGGUGGAGCGGGUCUUCUCGCUGGUGAUGAUCGCCGAGCACUUCGACGAGUCGCUGGUGCUGCUGCGCAGCCUCCUGUCCUGGGACCUGGAGGACGUCGUGUACCUGGAGCUCAACAUGCGCACGCCCACCUCCAAGCAGAAUCUGAGCUCCGAGCUGCCCGCCCUCAUCCGGGCGUGGAACGCCCUGGACGCCCGGCUGUACGACCACUUCAACGCCUCGCUGUGGCGGCGGCUGGAGUCGCUGGGGCUGGAUUGCGUGGCGCAGGAGGUGACUCUGCUGCGGCAGGCCCGGGACCGAGUGCUCAGGGGCUGCUUCGGCGGGAAGCCCCCCCAGGUCCGACCCGCCACCCAGAUCAAGAACAAGGAGUUCAGGCCCUGGCUGCCCAGCUCCAAGGUGGACAUCGUGGGGUACGACCUGCCGCUGAACGCCUCUCAGCCCGGCGCGGCGGCCGGGGGGACACCGCAGGACCUCUGCCUGAAGCUCAUCAUGCCGGAGGUGCAGUACUCCCGCCAGCUCCUCCGCACCCAGUCCCUGCGGUACCGCAAGAACCACCCAUUCCGCCUGAAGCCACGCCCCCACCCGCCGCACGUGCCCUCUCAGACAGCGUCCACCCCAACCCUGCCUCCAUCCACCAAUCACACCAGCCACAGCAGGGAGAAAAGCCACUCCACACGGAAUCCACCCCCCCAGAGCCAGCAGCCCCCCACGCAGGCCCCAGCCAGAGCUGUCUGGACUCCGCCCCCCCCAGCUAGACCGAAGACGUGACCCUUGACCCCAGUAACACUGAGUGGGGUGGGGGGCCUGCACCAGAGAGUUAUGAGGGCGCCCCCUGGUGCCGUCCCCCAGCCUACACUCACUGACAUCAUAGCAGAACUGAAGAGUCACAGGAAGCUGAGGGGCUUUGCGAAGCUCCUCCCUCUGCAGACCCUGUCAUGCUGUGACAUCACACAGCUCCACGAUGCUUAUUGGCUGACAGCAGCUGAAUACGAACUGUCUUAAUGAAGACUCCUCUGCCUAGGUCCCACUGCAGGAGGGUGUCACUGAAGAGCUAUUGUUUACUCUUUAGUCCAAAGCUAUAAACCAGGUACGUUGGCUGGACCAGUGAGUUAGCUCUCCAUAAGUGUGUCCAUCUGAAAUCUCACGCUUAUGGUGUUUUAAAAGUUACACAGCACAAGGAUCAAAACCAGUAAUGUGAUUGACUGAAUGAAGCCUCAAAGGGGUGAAACUAAGGUGUUAUGAGUGAUUUGACCUUACUAUGCAGAUCCCAGAGAGGACAAUACAAAUACUCCAACAUGUUUAAUCUUUUAUUUAUUUGGUAACACAUUAAGUGGAUCUUCAUAAUGUAUACACACCAUAUUUAUAAGCACUAUGUAAGAAUGACACCACAAAUAAUUUGAAGUUUACCGAUUAUUUGGAUCAUGCCAUGAAGCAUGUAAUACCACAUGAUGAGUAAAGUAGCUACUGCAUUACUCUCAUAGAGAUUAUGAAUAUGUGAGGCAGGCAUUAUGAAGGAUUAUAAAAUUUCACCAUUUGUUUUUACUCUUUCAGAGUUGCCCCUUUGUAAUUAUAUUAUUGAAACACUAAGAUCCUGCUGAUGGAUAUGUUACGCCAACAAUAAAUAAAAGAAUACAUAAAUAUAGGCACUGAAUGAAGCAUGUCACAAGGCCAAGCCUCAGGACAGCUAGCAAAAACAAAAAAAAAAAAAAA